AAUUUAGUAACAUCGCGACUGUUUUAAGGGCAAGUACGCACAGUUUCAUAUCCAUCCACAUUAUUUUUGAACAAUCAUAUCUUGAUCAUUUGACAAUUUAUUUUGAUGUUUAAAAAGGAACCUUCAUCCUGCGUUUAAAGGUACACAAUGAGGAUAUCGGGAAGGUCAACGAUUUGCCAUCGCCAAAUUCGGUUGUUAAACAAGUUUUUGAUACAAAACUAAAAUCGAAAUUCUUUCGAUCAAAUUCGUGUUCGUGUAAAGUGAAUUUAUUCCUUCUUUUAUUAUUUUUUCGUGGCUUUUUUGGCGCACAUUUGCCAACAAGACUAAUUUUAAACCAAAGUGUGUUAUUGCAUCAGCAAAAGAAGUUCUUUCUAUACAAAACAAAAAAUUAUUUAAAAUUUUAAAGUGAAUCCGCACCUUUUUUCGUGUGCCAAUUAUUAUUGUUUUUGAGGAAAGCCUAAUUAACCAUAAUUGACAACAAAAAAUUAAUAAAAGCAAUUUUGUGAGUAGCGUGAGUCGUUGACGUUAAAUUUCAAAAUCGUGUUAAAGUGUUUUAUAAGCUUUAAUAAGUGACAUUUAAAAUAAAACCCACACUUGUAAUGCCUCGUCAAGUAGAUAACAACGUGGAGGCAGUCCCUCUGUCGGCUGGCAUAAAUGGUGCCGCAAGCAAUGCAUUUAGUGAAAGCGCUACAAUGAUGAAGGAAUCCCCGUCAAGUGCCAACGCCACCACUGCCGAUGAUGACGAACCAACUGAUAAGAUUGUACUCAAACGCAAGUUGACCUUGAUAAAUGGUGUUGCUAUCAUUGUCGGGACAAUUAUUGGUUCCGGAAUUUUUAUAUCACCUACUGGAGUCUUCUUUUAUACAGAGUCAGUUGGAACUUCACUUGUAGUGUGGUCACUAUGCGGAAUACUCUCAACAAUAGGUGCUUUAUGUUACGCUGAACUAGGUACUAGCAUCACAAGAUCCGGUGGUGAUUAUGCUUAUUUGUUGGUUGCGUUUGGUCCGUUGGUUGGAUUUUUACGACUUUGGAUUGCGUUGUUAAUUAUUCGACCUACAACACAGACAAUAGUUGCUUUGACAUUUGCCCAAUAUGCAGCCAAACCGUUUUUUGAAGACUGUUCUCCACCUGAAUCGGCGGUGAAAAUUUUAGCUGGCAUUUGUUUAUGUUUCCUAACUGCCAUAAAUUGUCUCUCUGUAAAGUGGUCAAUGAAAAUUCAGGAUGUUUUCACAGCUGGAAAACUUAUCGCUUUGGUGAUGAUUAUUUUGGCUGGAUUAUAUUCAAUGGCAAUGGGAAAAAUGGAUAAUUUCCAAGAUUUAUGGACUGGACAGUAUGGUGCGGCGAAUAUUGGAUUUGCUUUUUACUCGGGAUUGUUUGCAUUUGGCGGUUGGAAUUACUUGAAUUUUGUUACGGAAGAACUUCAAGAUCCGUACAAAAACUUGCCUCGUGCAAUCUGGAUAGCUAUGCCACUUGUCACGGGAAUUUAUGUCCUUGUGAAUCUAGCUUACUUUGCUGUCGUCUCAAAGACUGAAAUGUUGAGUUCCUUCGCAGUGGCUGUGACUUUUGGCAAUCACGUUUUUGGACCGUUUGCUUUUAUGGUACCAAUAUUUGUGGCCUUGAGCACAUUUGGAGGUGUCAAUGGAGUGUUGUUUACAUCGGCGAGAUUAUUUGCAACAGGUGCUCAAGAGGGACAUUUGCCGAAGUUUUUCUCUUUGUUCCAUACCAAGCAACAGACACCGAUUCCGUCCUUGAUUUUUUCGUGUUGUAUGUCCUUGGUUAUGCUCCUUACAGCAAAUGUUUACAUACUCAUUAACUAUAUUAGCCAAAUUCUUUGGCUAUCAGUAGCUGCAAGUAUCAUUGGACUCUUGUGGAUGCGAAAGACUAAGCCUGAUCUUCCAAGACCUAUUAAGGUCCAUUUGGCACUGCCAAUCAUCUUUGUCGUAUGCUGUAUCAUACUCGUCCUUAUGCCAAGUUUUUCAGAGCCAAUGAAUCUAAUCGUUGGUAUUUCAAUCACCUUAGCUGGAAUUCCAUUCUACUAUGCCUGCAUCAAAUGGAAGAACAAGCCCAAAAUCUAUGGAAUGCUUUCGAAGGGAAUGGUCACUUUUUGUCAAGCUAUGUUCAAUACGGUUUUCAUUGAUAGUCCAAGUUCAUAAGUUGAAAAAAAUAAUAACUAUACUUACAUGUUAAUUGUUUAUGUACAAAAUAAUCGGGACCAUCUAAAACUCAUAUAAAUGUUAAUGGCACGAUAAAGUGUGCCCAUACUUCCUCCAUUCAUUCCAAGGAUAUUUUAAAAAUCAAAAGAAAACAGAAUUUGGUUUAAUUUUUAUUUAAGUUUAUUUUAAAUUCGAAUUUAAAAAUUUGGCUUUAUGUACUCUUAAGUGUACUUAUGUUAAAUAUAAGUAUAAUAAAUAAUGUCUAAAUAAUUAAAUUAUAAUUAAAAAUAAAUACAAGUAUUUUUAGUUUUAAGAAUUUAAUUUAAAAAUAUUUGCUUUAUUUUAAAAUUCUAUAAAUUUAAGUUGCAUUAAUUUUUUACAUAUGUUUUAAUGACAUAAAUAGGGAAUGUAUGUUUGUUGUGAAUAAAAACUAAAUGCUUACAUACAA